CUUCCGGUCCCGCUGGAAAGAUGGCGUCCCGCAAGGAAGGCACCGGCUCGGCCCCCACCUCUUCUAGCUCCGCCGCCGGUGCGGCAGGGAAAGGCAAAGUCAAAGGCGGGCCCGGGGACUCGGCCGUGAAGCAAGUGCAGAUAGAUGGCUUGGUGGUAUUAAAGAUAAUCAAACAUUAUCAAGAAGAAGGACAAGGGACUGAGGUGGUUCAAGGAGUGCUUUUGGGCCUGGUGGUAGAAGAUCGGCUUGAAAUUACCAACUGCUUUCCUUUCCCCCAACACACAGAAGAUGAUGCUGACUUUGAUGAAGUCCAAUAUCAAAUGGAAAUGAUGCGGAGCCUUCGCCAUGUCAACAUUGACCAUCUCCACGUGGGCUGGUACCAGUCCACAUACUAUGGCUCAUUCGUCACCCGGGCGCUCCUGGAUUCUCAGUUCAGCUACCAGCAUGCCAUUGAAGAGUCUGUUGUUCUCAUUUACGAUCCCAUAAAAACUGCCCAGGGGUCUCUCUCACUGAAGGCAUACAGACUGACUCCUAAACUGAUGGAAGUUUGUAAAGAGAAAGACUUUUCUCCUGAAGCAUUGAAAAAGGGAAGUAUCACCUUCGAGCACAUGUUUGAAGAGGUGCCGAUUGUAAUUAAAAAUUCACAUCUGAUCAACGUCCUAAUGUGGGAGCUUGAGAAGAAGUCUGCUGUAGCAGAUAAACAUGAAUUGCUCAGUCUUGCUAGCAGCAAUCAUUUGGGGAAGACUCUCCAGUUGCUGAUGGACAGAGUGGAUGAGAUGAGCCAGGAUAUAGUUAAAUAUAAUACGUACAUGAGAAAUACAAGUAAGCAGCAGCAGCAGAAACACCAGUAUCAGCAGCGACGCCAGCAGGAGAACAUGCAGCGCCAGAGUCGCGGAGAACCUCCCCUCCCCGAGGAGGACCUGUCCAAACUCUUCAAGCCUCUGCAGCCCCCAGCCAGGAUGGAUUCGCUGCUCAUUGCAGGCCAGAUCAAUACUUACUGCCAGAACAUCAAGGAAUUCACUGCCCAGAACUUAGGCAAACUCUUCAUGGCCCAGGCUCUCCAAGAACACAACAGCUAAGAAAAGGAAGUUUCCGGAAAAGGAGUUGACGCGGACUCUUGAGAUCACAUUGGGGAAACUCUUGGAAGAAAUAAUUUGCAUAUUGAAAAGUCUUUCUAGCCAGUAAUAAAAUAUUAAUAAAAUAGUCUCAAGUGCUUGCUCAUUUGGGUUGAGACUUAUGUCUAGCUGCUUGUUUUUGUUUUCUUUCUACCUAUUAAUUUCCAAAAGAUGAAACAGUCUUCACCAGAAGCUUCACCAGGCUCCAUCUUCCAAGGUCCAUCACCUUCGCUAUCUCUGAGCUGCCACAUCUCAUCCACACACUUAGUACUGCUUGUCCCGACUCCUGACCCAGAGGCCCUGACUCCCACUGUGAAUCCUACUACUUCAUCGCUCAGGCGCUCCGGAAGCCCAGGCUUCAUCCCCUUGCCCCAGCACCCCCACUGCGCAGGCCUGGAAUCGCUUGGAAUGUUUCCCAGGGGUCCACCUUUUCAUUUCUUUUGGUGAUUAUUGACCAGUCCUCAUGCCCGUAGGCCACUGGCACAGGGAUUAAACAAAAUCACUUUACCAAAGGAUUAUAUUUUGUAUGGAAAUGAAAUUCAUUCUGUGUAUAUUUUUAAAUUUAGAACUUCAUGUUUACCUUUUCCGUACUAUGAUAUAAAACCCUGCUAAGAGCAGGUUUUUUUGAGUGCAGGAAGAAGAUCUGGGAGGACAGUAGUACCUUGGAGAAAAACUGUUUCAGUGAUUUGUAUUUGGAGGCUCAUCAAAGAUCCCGCUAUUGGUGUAGUGCCACAUCCAGAUGCACCUGCUGCUUGAGGUGUGCCUGUGAUACUCCGGUGACUUGCACCCUGAAGACACCUAGGAGGCUAAUCAGAAGGAAUGAAUAAAGGGUGAGAAGGGUUGAGAACUCUUUUUCAACAUUCCUUUGGAAGCGCCAUUGUGGCUCUGGGUCAGACAGCCGGAUCCAUGCCUGGCUCUUCUCCUUUACUGCGUCCUUGGACCAGUUGCUUAACCUCACUUUCCUUGUCCAGAUGAGAUGAGAAAAGCAGACGAGCAUAUUAACCCUAUAUGGUGGACUGAGUGUUAAAGAAGGUCAUUGGGGAUUGGGGUAAAGCACACAGCACAGUGGUGGGUGAGUAGCAGGCACUCGGUAAGUAUUAUGAUAAGGUGGACACUCUAUCUAUUCAGGCUGUUGGGUUAUUAGCAGGAUUUUGCUUUUAAAAAGCUCAGCUCCUUGGUCACUCUAGAAUUCAAACAUUGCUCACGUGUGUAAUUUUCUAGGAUAAAUUCCUAGAGAUGGACUUACUGGUCAAAGGGUAUUUAAAAUUCUAAGGCUUUUAACCUGUACUGCCAAAUAUCUUCAAGAAAGGUUAUACUGAUCUGCACUCUCACCCAUGGUGAUUUCUUACCCGAAUCAACACACAUUUGAGUAUUACUGCUAGGCAGAGGGGUAUUGGCCAUGGUCCCUGCCCUUGAGGACUGUGUACUCUAUUGAUUCAUUUCCCUGCAUUCUAAUGGCCUGGAAUUGGAGUAUUAUUGCAGAGUUGAACAAAGCACCCUUGAAGUAACAGAGCAAAAUGAAGAAAAAUCAGUUUAAACAUAAGCUUAAUUACUGUUUUCAUCAUUGUGUAAGAUGAAUUUAACAAAAUUCAAUUAUAUUUUUUAAAGUUAUGAUUUUUAAAAUUUUUUUUAUUUUUUUGGUGUAAAUUCCAUAUGACUUUAGAUACCCAUAGCUCAGUAAUAUGUGAGUACAUGCUUAAUGAAAGAUUGCAGUAGUUUCUGAGUUAGGACUUACUGUGGUGGGUAGAACUGUUUAGGAAAAUAUGUCAAUGGGAAUUAAAUCUACACAGUAUGUAGUGUCAGGGAAUAGCUUCUGUUCUGCACUUGAUUUGAGUGCUAUGUUCUGACAUUUUUCAGGAACAAAUACAUGUGGUUCAUCUUCUAUAAAUAUUUGCAGUUUCUUUAAGUUGAAAUGAGAAAAGCUCAUAAACUGAGUACCACGUCUAAUAAAUCAUUCACUUACCCAAGAGCAGAAAAGACAGAGAAGUCUAGUAUGUUAAUCUAAAUGAAAAUUAUGAACCAAGAAAGUGAAAACACUUGCCAUUAACCCCAUAAUUAUUGAUAAUGCCUUAUAAGGUUCUAGAAACAGCAUUACUCUUAAUUAAAAUACCUGAGGGAAUGAAUCUUUAGACCACCCAAAAUACCUUAUUCUUUUAAUAUUGAGGUGAAGUAAAAACUUUUUUCCCCAUUUUUGGAAGCUUGGAAACUGAAAUGUAGUUAUCUAAUGUUCUCAUGAUUUAUGGAGGUUGUGAUUUUUCAUUUACAGCAUCUAAAUAUUUCAUAUGUAGUGUCUUCGACAAUGUUACUGCGUUGAUCACACUCCUUUUAUAACAUUCUUUAGAAAGCCUACAUUGGCUUUACUAUUAAAUCGUGCUGGCUUUGAACUCUGGUGUAGAUAUCAGGAUGUUAUGAAAUAAUGUUUUAUUUGUGUUGUAAACUCCAUUUUUAUAGUAAACAGUCCUCAUUCAAAUAAAAUAUAUACCUUUUAUCAA